AUGCCCCACUAUUUAAAGUCAGGCUCUCCAAGCACAGCUGCAUCGAGUAGCAACGCGCCAUCCGAUGUUCCCUCCAUUGUCAGCUCAGUAAUCGACGACAUUCUCAAAAAUGGAGACUCUGCCGUCCGCUCAUAUUCCGAGAAAUUUGACAAGUGGUCUCCACCUUCCUUCAAACUCUCUCCCAAAGAAAUCGAGGAUAUCAUCAGUAGUCUACCAGAACAAGUGGUCAAGGAUAUUAAAGAGGUACAGAGAAACGUGAGGACAUUUGCUCAGGCGCAAAAGGAGAGCUUGAAAGACUUUGAGCUUGAGAUACAUCCUGGGGUUUUCUUGGGGCAGAAAAAUGUGCCGAUUGGUUCUGUAGGAUGCUAUAUCCCGGGUGGUCGUUACCCGCUGUUAGCCUCUGCCCAUAUGACGAUUCUCACUGCUAAAGUGGCCGGCGUCCCUCACGUAAUGGGAUUUACUCCUCCCAUCAACGGCACUAUUCCCACUGCGACAGUUGCAGCCAUGGCACUGGCAGGCGCAGACUCAAUAUAUAUCCUGGGAGGCGUACAAGCUAUUGCAGGCAUGGCAAUCGGCACCGAAACCAUCCCAAAGGUUGACUUUAUUGCCGGACCCGGAAACGCCUUCGUGGCAGAAGCCAAACGCCAAUUCUUUGGUGCCGUGGGUAUCGAUCUUUUUGCUGGCCCGACAGAGGUACUUAUUGUUGCCGACGAGUUCGCAGACGCGUUUACAGUGGCGACGGAUUUGCUGAGCCAGGCAGAACAUGGGCCUGAUACGCCUGCUGUCCUGAUUACUACUAGCGAGGAUCUGGGCAACGAAGUGAUAAGGUUGAUUGAUGUCAUUUUAAGGGACAUGCCGACGGCUCAACUGGCGGGGACGAGUUGGGUAAAUUUUGGGGAGGUGGCGGUUGUGGAGAGCCUUGAUGAGGCGUAUAGGUUGGCCGAUAAGUACGCUUCUGAGCAUGUACAGAUUUUAACCAAGGAGCCGAGGGCUGCAUUGGAAAAGAUGACGAAUUAUGGAGCGUUGUUCUUGGGAGAGAGGACGUGUGUUAGUUAUGGUGAUAAGGUGAUUGGGACUAACCAUGUUCUUCCUACAAGAGGGGCUGCACGGUAUACGGGUGGCCUAUGGGUUGGGAAAUACCUCAAGACUGUUACUUACCAAGAGGUAACAUCGGACAAGGCGAGCGGCGAGUUGGGCCGACUAUGUGGGCGCGCUGCAAGGGUGGAGAAUUUUGAAGGACAUGCGAGGUCGGGAGAUUUACGGGCGCAUCAUUUUCUGAAUGAUCAAUAUGAGUGGAUUGAUGUUGCAAAGAACGGGGACAAAAGGGACUCGGCCGGGAGACUUUAG